AAAAAAGUGAAUAUGUGAAAGUGAAUCAUAAGUAUGUUGUGAGUGUCAUAAAAGGAUACAUAUAAUCAGCAAUUUUACUCCUAAUUUGAUAAUACGGAAUCGCACGGGGAAUCUAAACUACCAAGUUCCUCGACUGCGCUUGCAAGGAAAAGCAAGCCAUGAGUGACCCGGCGGGGGGUCCUAACCUGAAGGACCUUAUGAAAAGACUCCGACAGAUCGUCCCGAACGAUCUGUCUGGAAGUCAAGAUACACCGAGAGAUUCCGCGGCCGCAGGGUCAAGGGAGGCAAACCCUCAGGAUGUAGCCUUACCGCCAUGCCCGGCGCCCUGCGAUAAGAGCGCGUUGGAUGUCCGCGCUGAGCCAAAGGGCACCGCAGGAGGGGAAGGGCUCAAGGGGGAUAUGCGCAUGCUUAGCCCUCCCAGCGGCAACACGAAGGAAAGCGGUCCCGACGACCCACUCGAGAGGGAUGAGGAAGACCUCAUAACGGAAUUCCGCUUCGAGAUUGAGAACAAACACAACACCCUCUUGGGGAAGAUGCAACUCCUUAGGGAAGCCCUGGCCAAGCAACUCCAGAAAACAGAUGAGCGUGAAGAUGUACAGAAGAAAACCUUUGCCAAAUGGAUCAACAGUCAGUUGGCCAAAGGGCAGCAUCCGCCUGUCACAGAUCUCUUUUACGACCUGCGGGAUGGCACACGCCUGCUGGCACUCCUGGAGGUGCUCACAAACAAAACUUAUAAACGUGAAAAGGGGCGCAUGCGGGUACACCACUUAAAUAAUGUCAGCAGAGCACUCUCUAUUCUGGAAGAGCAUAAUGUGAAGCUAAUAAAUAUAUCCAAUGAACACAUUGUGGAUGGUUCUGCAAAGCUCACACUGGGACUGGUGUGGGCUGUUAUCCUUCACUGGCAGGUCCAAGGUGUCUUGAAGGAUGUCAUGUCAGACCUACAGCAGACAAAUCUAGAAAAGACUCUGUUGGCAUGGUGUAGACAAACAACAAAGGGCUAUCAUGGAGUUGAUGUAAGAAACUUCACAACUUCAUGGACUGAUGGCCUGGCCUUCAAUGCCCUCAUUCAUAGCCAUCGCCCUCAGCUAUUUGACUGGACAGUAAUGGCUCGGAAACACCCGUAUGCUCGGCUUGAAAAUGCUUUUAGACUUGCAAAUGAACAGUUUAAUAUUGAAAGACUUCUAGAUCCAGAAGAUGUCAAUUCUCAAGUUCCUGACAAGAAAUCUAUCAUGAUGUAUGUGAUGUGCCUGUUCCAAGCACUUCCUCAUGGUUCUUUCACAAUGGAGAGCCUAGAUGUGUCAAUACAGUCUGAUUCUUCUUUCUCUCUUGAUACAAGCAGUGAAAAUGUUGCGCAGGCUGCCAGUAAAGGUAGGCCACUGUCAAACGUAAGCAUUGGCCUAGGGGAAUACCAGCGCACGUUAGAAGAAGUUUUGACCUGGCUCCUGGGUGCUGAAGACAGACUGGCAGUUAUGCCUCCCAUAGCCAAUUCUACAGAAGAAGUUAAGGACCAGUUCCAUGACCUAGAGGAACUCAUGUUGGAGCUAACUUCAAAGCAGGGAGGUAUUGGAGAUGUCCUAGGAGAGGGAUCAAGACUCUUAAAAGAAGGAGUGAUGGAAGAAGAGGAAGAGGAAGAAGUCCGAGUGCAGAUGAAGCUCCUCAACACUAGAUGGGAAGAUCUAAGAGUCAAGGCGAUGGAUCGACAGUCAAGGCUCCAUGAGAAGUUGAUGAGCCUUCAGCAAACACAGUUAGAGAGCCUAAAGAAGUGGCUUACUGAAACUGAGGAUCGUAUCGCCAAUAUGAGCCAGGUUGGACCAACAACAGAUCUGCUAAGAGAACAAAUUGCCGCUCACCAAAGUCUUCAAGAAGACCUGGAAAGUGAACAAGCUAACAUCAACUCCCUCUCCAACAUGGUGGUUGUUGUUGAUGAGAGUAGCUCAGACAGUGCUUAUUCAUCAUUGGAAGAUGAAUUGAAUGCCUUGGGAGAAAGAUGGGCCCAUAUCUGCAGGUGGGCUGAAUCACGCUGGAAAACUUUGCAGACAUUAUCUGUUCACUGGACACAUUAUGAACAAGAAAUGAACAAAAUGGGAGAGUGGAUGGAUGAAAAAGAAUCAAUAUUACGUGAGGUAGAAAGUAACCCAUCGUCAGAUCAGGAGCACAUCCUUCGUCAAGCUAGCAUGCUCCAGAUUCUGCAAGCUGAGAUGGAAGUACAACAUCGCCGGUUUGAACAUUUGCAAGAAGAGAGUGCCAAAGUUUUAAGCCAUUUACCAGAGGACUCACCUGGCCAGGAAAAAAUCCCAUCUGAGUUAGAAAUGGUCCAAGAUCGCUUAGACUGCCUUGUCAGUAUCAUUGAAGCUCAGACACAGAGAAUGGCAGCUAAUGGUAUUGACAUUAAGAAAGUUGUCAUUCCUGCGGAUAAUACCAGUGACAUAGUGAGCUCAAGUACUACUACUAUCUCUCAUGAAGAUGCUACAGUGGUCACCAAGAUCAUAACCACCAAAAUUGUCACAACUGAGACAGUUGAAGGUAGUGUAAUUAAACGCCAGAAGCUCGAAGGGGGCAGCCAAGAGGACUUUUCUGUUGCUCUUCAUCAACUGGGUGGAUGGAUGGACUCUUUAGAAGCAGAAGUUAGGCCCAAGGUUGCAGGAGAAUUGUCCAUAGAACAGCUAAUGCAGCUUGCUCAGCAGCUUGAAAAUGAGAUUGAGGGUCAAAAAGAAGAGUAUUACAAGGUAGUAAGCCUUGGUCAAUCUGCUAUAUCAGAAACAUCAACUAUUGGUGAAUCUGCCAAAGAAAGUGAACAACAGGUUGCAGGAAUUACAAGUCGCUGGGAAGCUCUGAAUGCAAUGCUUAUUGAAAUCAGAACUCGCAUAACCUUCUUGACAGGCAAGAAGAAAGUAACAACACAACUCAGUGACCUUGAAGUACAAUAUGAGGGAUUCCUCAGAUGGUGUGAUGAUGUCCGCACAGUAAGCGAGAAUGAGCCUAAUGCUGUCUCCCUUCAGAUUGAGCAGUGCCAGAGUAAGAUUGCUGCCAUGGAAAGUCAUGAAUCAGAGAUUGGUGCUCUAAAGGUAGCAUGUGAAACACUGGAUAGCAACUUUGCACAGGAGACACAACCAGUGAUGGAACAAGUUCAGAUUUUUAUUACCAAGUGGGAAGCUCUUAAAAUAAGGCUUGUUGAAUGGAAUGUAACUCUAAAGGAAAGGCUUGGACAAGCUUCUCCAUCACCAAUGGUCGUUGAAACUGUUCAGACUGCUCCACCAGAGUCACUUGUUAAGGCUAUGGAAGCUUCUAGGAAAUGGCUGGAAAGUCUUGAAACUGCCCUUGCUACUGAACAUGUUGUGUCCAGUUUGCCCCAGAUGCAGGAUAUGCUCUUGAAGUUCCAGGACUUGUCACAAAAAGUUGAAAUGGAACAGGGCAACAUGAAACACAUAAAUGAUGCAUGCAGUGCCCUUAUUAAAGAAGGCCAAAUAGGGAUCUCAGAUGACUUUGCAAAGCUGAAUAAACAGUGGGAGACUACAACUGAAGCGCUUGAGUCACGCAUCAAGGCUAUUGAAAAAGUGAUUGAGAAGCAGAAGCAAUACAACGAUGAAGUGUCUGGAUUGUGCUCAUGGAUGUCAGAAGUUGAUGUUUUCCUCCAGGCAGAGGAGCCAGCCCUUGGAGAUAUAGAGACAUUAGAAGCACAAUUAGAGCAAUCUAAUGCUCUCCAGGAUGAUAUUAUAACACUGGAGAAUAAUGUAGCAAAUAUCACAACCUCUGGCAAGCAGUUGAUGGAAGAGGCUGAACCAGAGCUAAAAGGAGCCAUUUCAGUCCAACUAGAUGAACUUACCAAACGCUGGGGCAUUAGUAACUCAGCUUGCAAAGGCUCAGAACAAGAGUCUGAAAGAUGCUUUAAAUUCAAUGAGUGGAGUAAACAGGUCCAUGAAGACAUUCAAGCAUUAAAUACUUGGCUGGAUGAAAUGGACCAAAAAGUCCCUGCUUUUGGUCCAGUAGAGACAUCAUCAGAACUAAGUGCAGCAAUUGAUUUGUUCAGUAAAUUACGUGAAGAAAUAAGUGAACACAGUGAAGAGUUCAGGGGUGUAAAUGACACCGGCAAUGAGAUGUUGCAGCAUGAUGCUGCUGCCACCCAUGAAGAGCUUGCACGUCAGUUCACACAGUUGAAUGGUAGAUGGACUGAUGUUGUAACUCAGGUGGAUUCUCGUCACAGGGUCUUAUCUACUGCUUCAGAACAGUAUGAUGACUUUAAGAAGCUGUGUGGUGAGGAAACAGAAUGGCUCAACCAGUUGCAGGAAAAGCUCGAGAAAUCAUCAAAGUCUGCAGCAGAUGCAGAAGAGAUAUCAGAGGCUUUAGAUGAUCUUGAGAUCUUCCUGCAUAGCCACAAUGAAAGUCGACUGGAGCAGAUACGCAAUCUUGCUGAAGCUCUUGUUCAGGAGAAUUGCAUGUCUGUAGCUGUCCAGAAUGCCACCCACACCCUCACUUCACGUUUUGAUACCCUGAAUGCCCAGGCAAGUGAGCAUCAAUCUGGGCUAGAAGGCCGUGUACAAGAGGCACAAGCUUGGGAACGAGAAUAUGUCAGUGUUCUAGAUUAUCUUGUCCAGUCAGACAUGGUCCUUACCCAAGCAAUUACUGAUUCUCAACUACGAAUUGACCCAGUGCAGGUUCAGGCAGAACUUGUAAAGCAACAAGAGGUACUAAAGAAAAUGCAAACACAAGUAGAUGUGUAUCGUACACAAGGUAAAACAGAAGCUGCACUUCGUCUAGAAGAUCAGGUCACACACCUCCUGAAAAAGUAUGAGGAGGUAGAGAUGAAAUUGCGGUUGUGCCAAAAACCAAGUGACUUUGAUGAUCGACUGCAACAGAUGAAUCAGGAACUGAAAGAUAUUAGCCAGAGAGUUCACCUUGUGACUGUAACUUCUGGAGACCCAGAAGGGAUUCAGGAACAGCUAAACCAGUGCAUGGCAUUAUAUCAGAGGCUAAGUGAAGUAAAAGCAGAAGUAGAAAGUGUCAUAGCAACUGGACGCAAGAUAGUGAAGGAAGGACAGGCUCUAGAUCCUGAAACUCUUACACUUCAGCUUGACCAGUUGAAAGGCCUUUAUAAUCAGCUUGGGGGCACUGUAACAGAACACAGAGGUGUUCUGGAAAGAGCACUUCGUCACAGUCGCAAGAUUCAUAAGGACUCCUCCCAUCUUGAGGAAUGGCUAAGCACCACUGAGUGUGAAUUAGAUCAGCGUGAGGCUACGAUUCCCACUAGAAAUGUUGAGGGAGAAGUUCACUUUGCUCAACAUGCCAUUGACGACUUAGGGCGUAAGAAGCCCUUGCUGACAGGGCUGCAUGAGUCCUAUGCUGCCCUUGCCUCAAUGUGUGAUGAUGAUGCCUUGCUACAGCCCAUUAAAGAGCAGGUUGAUGACAUUGCUCUAACAUGGGAACGAGUGAACACUAGACUUGCCAACAGGCUCAAGAACAUGCAGAGUGAGCAAGUAAACAAGGAAGCAGAAAUGGAGAAGUUUAUUGUGGGACUUGGAGAAAUUAAAGGAUGGCUACAGAGCACUGAAUAUCAGCUGACAAACCUAAACACAGUGGAUGCUGAUGAACAGGCUAGAAUUAUUAAGUCCAUUUCUACUGAAGUCCAGAAUUACAAGGGACAUAUUGAAAAUAUCCGGGACACUGCUGUGGACCUCAUUAACCAUGGAGCGCUGUUCCAAGCACGUGUACAGCCAGAACUAAUUGAGAUAAAUCAGAGGUGGGAAAACAUCUUUAAAAAUGUUCAGCAGUGCUCUCAAGACAUACAGGGGACAAGCCUUACUUCAGUUACCCUGACAGCUGAGACACAAGGGUCCAGACCAUCUCCUAGCCAAACCGACACUACCACUACCACCAACUUUUCCACCAUUACCACUUCUGAUGUACACGAAACCUCUGUUACUACUAGUUUAACUUCCACAACUACACAACUCAUUCAUACCAUGGGAACAACACAAGUGAGUGAUGAAUUAAUGGUGCAUGUACAUCAACAAGAUGAUGCCUCAACACCCGUCCAAUCAAGCUGGGCUGGUGACAAUAUCUCAAAAAAUGAGGAGCAAGAGAAAGGUGCUUCCCUUAGAAGUAUUGGUCUUGUAAAGAGUGUGAUGUCUACAGGUACCACACUUACCUCUCCUGUCAUAGGUGAUAGUGAAACAAUGGAUGGUGUUACUGAAUCAGAAAUAAUACAUUCUGUUGAAGGAAAGCCAGUGGGUGAAAUUUUAGACACUUGCAGGGAAUUUGAUGAUAAUGAUGUGCCUAUUCCUGGACUUAAGACUGUUGAUGUGUCUGAUUCAGUUGAAAUGUUCUCAUCAGCAGAUAGUGCUAGGUGGGGAGAAUCUUCUCUUGUAGAUAGUGUUAUCAAAGUUGAACCAAAAGAGAAUCAAACAGCAGAUGAAGAUCAUACUCUGACACUUGUAACAAACACUAUCACCAAAAAAGUAGACCGGUCAUCAUCUGAGAUGGAAGGAAUUGAUACAGAAACUGUUAAGUAUGUCUUGGAUGAGCAGUCAUCUGAUGAUACAGAACAGAAAAAGAUGAGUCUUGUUGAAGUGGAGGAAGUAAAAAUGACAAUAUCCCAUCUCUCCUUUAACAUUGCUGGGACACCUUCAGAGAAGAAAGUUGAUAAAUUGGAGGCUGGCAUUCUUGCCUGUGGUAGUUCAGAAGAAUCACCAAUAGACUCAUCAUUAGAAAUAUCUCCCACAGCAGAAUAUCCUCCAAACAGCCUCCUUUCGAGUGACCUUUCUUCUCGGGAUUCUCCUGGAAAAGACCGAAAGAGGAAGAUCACAGAAAAUGAUGAUGACCUAGAUAAUUUUGAUGAACUCAUUGCAGGUCUUAAAGAGGUUGCAGAAAAGGAUAUUACUCUAUCAGCAGUUGAAAAAAAUAGGAGGAGAAGUGCAGAGAAGGAGCUUGAUCAGGAUUUAAGUGGUGAUGAAAGGUUCUCUCUUCUCAAGAUCAGGAGGCGAGAUGAUGAUGAUUUAGAGUCUUUAGCCUCAGUUGACACUGAUAUGGCUCCUGCAUCUGAGACAAGUAGAGACUUUGAGGGCACUUUCUCUGAUCUUGAAUCAGUGACUGAGAGUGUGUCCUCCAAAGGAGACAAUUUAUUUGCACCUAUGGGAGCUCAUGGCCUUACUAUUCUAGACACUUCUAGGAAUGAGGAAGUAAGUACUGUAGAGUUUAUUUCUCAGCAGACACAAGUAGUCACAAGUGAAGCUGUUACACAUGCAUAUAUUAGUAGUUCACAACAGCUAGUUUCUCCAGAAAGUAAAGAAUCUUUAUCUGAUAUUAUCAGUGCUAAAAUCAAUAGCAUAUCAAGUGGUGUAACUUCUGAUAAUAAGCAGUCUGUGACUGAAAAAGAAGUCAUUGAGAAAAAUGUUGACGGUGAAGAAAGUUAUGUUCAGAAAGAUUAUGAGCAGCUUCCUGUUGAGAAACUACAAGCUAUGAUCGCUGAGCUUGAAGAAGUUAUGAGUGAUGCAGAAUUAAGUGAUACUGAAGAUGAAGAAGAUCCACAAAAGAGAAAUGAACUACCUGCUGAGAAAAUGGAUGUUUCUGAAAACAUUCAGAGAUCCAAACCAGAACAGCUGCUUAGUAAAGAUGUGGAUAUGAAAGAUGAUGUAGCAACUGAGGCAAUGGAAGAUAUUUUAGCACCAGAUAUUGUCAAAACAAAUAUUGAGCUAUCAAGUGCUGAGAAAGAUAAGCUCAUUACAGAUUUGUCAGUAGUUAAAAAACCUUCUUUAUCCAAAGAUGAAGCAAAGUGUGAAGCAGACCCAAUUGAAUUUAGAGUACAAGAAGUUCAUGUUGGUGAUGUUGAAUUUGCCCAGGCAAAAGGUUUGUUUGAAAAAGAUCCUGGGUUUCUUGAAACACCUGCAAGUGUAGUUAAAAUUACUACUCCUCUUCAGGAUGAUGUAAGCAAUGAGACUUCAUCUAUGACAUCCACAAAUGAGACUACAAAGAUGAGUAUUGAUAAAGACAAAUCAGUACAUAAGGUUUCUGUGCAGAGUUCCCAAGUAGUACAUGGGAUAACUUAUGUAAGUUCCACAGAAGAUCGGCUUCCAGAGGCUGAGGAAGCAGUCCUGGUAACACUAAUUUCAAGACCAAGUUCUGCUGAGGUGAUGACAACAGAUACUGACUAUACAGAAGGGAAGGCAUUGAUGGAGCUUGUUGAAGAGGAAGGAAGUGAGGCAGAUGUGGUGGUCCCUGAUAAAGAAAAGAGCCAGGAGGGCACAUCUGGUGUUCAGGGAACUGUUGAAAGUUUGUCAGCAACCUCAAGCAGUUCUUCAGAUGAAGAUGACUCAAACAAGAAGGAAAGAAGACCGACAGUUAUUGAAUGUCCCAGUUUCUCGGUAGCCUUACGAGAGGGAGAUGCUGGGAAUGAUAAAAAGGUAAAUCCAGCAUGUGAGGUAGACAACUCUUCACUAGGCUCUGUCACUAUGUCUACUGGGCAGCAUUCAGUACCUUCUACUAUCCGAUCUUUUGCUCCUUCUGAAGGUGUUAGUGACCAGUUCUCUGUUUUAAGCCAGAAGAAUGUUUCAGGUGAUGGGGGUGCCCAAAAAAAUGAUAUGACACCAAUUACACUGACACAUGUUUCAAGUGGAAUAUCAUCAUCAAUGAUGGACUUCUUUUCGAGACACAAUGUAUUGAUUGUAGAUACAGAUGCAAAGGGACAAGAUGGCACUGUCACUGUGGAACCAAUGGAGGAAGAUGAGGGGAAGAUAGAGGAAGCUAAGUGUUUGAAUGUCAGUGUUUCUGAAGCCCCAGUUAGAUCACCUUCUCCUAUUCAGACUCUAGGCUCUGAAAUCAUGCAAGAUCUUGGGAAUAUUAGAGAAACUGUCCAAAAAUUUUCAUCCUCAGUAACAUCAACUUCUUCAACAACAACAGUAGGAGCAAUUCAGAGUUUUACAAGCCCUGCUGAAAUGUGGUCUCAUUUUACAAGGGAUAUGCCUAGUGUAAUGAAUAUCCAAAGCAUGGACUUUCAGUUUCCUGUUGCUGGUAACAAAUCCAAGAUAGGCAGAAAUGUUCCCAUUAUUCUUGAUGAUGAACCAGCCUCUUCAGAAACAAUGUCUGAAGGAAAUCUUGAGUCUCAGCCUGUUCUUGUUCCUACUCCAGUUGAUAUGUCAAAGACAGCAGAAAGUACAGAUAGUCACCAGAUUGUAAAACCUAUAGCAUCCUCUGAAGUGCAGUAUCCGACUAUCAAUAGCAAACCACAAGUGAUGAGAGAUAUACCUAUUAUGUUAGUUGAGGAUGAUCCAUCUGACAUGGACAAAACCUCUGAUUUACCACAUGAAAGGCGAGGUAUUGCUGUUUCCAGUGAUACAGUAACUGGUGGAGAUCAAGUGUCAAAAGACAAAAGUGAUACUUCAGAAGUUGAAUCUAAUGUUAAAGAAGACAUUACAAAUCCAACUCAGAAUAUUACUGAAAAAUUGAAAGAUGAUGUUGAGACUGCUGCUCCCUUAAUUCUGUCUGAUUCAUCUCAUUCUGGCACCUCAGAGAUCCAAACUCAAAUGAUUGAAGCUUCAGAUGUGGAGAGUGGGUCACUGAUUGAGGUUAUUUACCAAGUGGAAGGAUCUAAAGGAAGAAGAAAGGCAGUGGUAACACCUCCGGAUGAGGCUGGUAUGGCUGAAUUUUUACAAGAGGCUUCGCAAUCAGAUAUCUUAUCAAAGGGUUCACAGAAUAUUUCCAGUGAAAGUGUCUCUUCCAGAAAGAUAUCUGUUGCAUCACAGAGCAUGAUACUAGCUGAACAAGAGGUUGUAGAAAAUAUAGCUGUUCAAACAACACCACCUGAAGCCUGUGUGUCAUUUCAAGAUUUACCAACAAAUAUUGCUGAUGAUAUGGUAACUCCUCUAUCAACAGAAAUUGUUUAUACUGAAGGAGCAGUCCCACAAGAUGUUGAACGGAAAGUAUCAGUUGGCUCAAUGGAAGUAAGUGUUUCGCUGGAUGAGGUUGCUGGUGAUUUUAAGAUUCCAGAUCAACCUCCUCAGUCCUUUGCACAUGAAAGGCAAACAUCUCUUGCAGAACAUGAACAGUUCAGUGAAUGUGUGGUAACAAAAUCUGAUGACAUACGGCUUAUGGAUUUUGAAUGUCUAGAUGGAAGAUAUACAGGUCGUAAAAUGUCAACAGUUUCCAUGGAAGUAAAUGUUGAAAGUAGUGAAAUUGAUGGAACUCUUGUAACAGGGUCUGGUCUCACUCAGUCUGUUGCUGCAGAAAGACAAGCUUCUCUUACAUCUGACAAUAUGAAAGAAGAUUUUGUUGCAGUAAGAUCUGAAGUGGUGCAGAUGGCUGGACCAUUAUUGAGCUCAGAAGAACUUAUCAUACCUGACAUUCAGAGUGGUCUUAUGACUGAUAGUAACAGAGCAUCACCAAGGGAAGAAAGUCUUGAAAAGCUUCCAGUUGGAUUUAUUGAUGCUGAAAUGACGGAGAGUCAAAUGGGUCAGUCCCUAUCUAGUGAUUCCUUUUCCUCUGAAAAUCAGUUGGACAAUCCACUUGCUCAAAAUGUUGGUCAAGAAGCAUCUGAAAAUUUGCCAGGUUCAAGUAAGUCUAUUGAAACUGAGAGGAAAAUAUCAACUGCAACUCAAGAAUUUACAUUUGCAGAGCAAGAGGUAGUAUCUGCAAUAUCGACACCACUUUUACAAACUCAGUCAUUUACUUAUCCACAAGAUAUAUCCCUAACAGUGAAGGAAAAUUUGGCUGAAGGUGUUGUACUUAGUAGUGUUAUCCAGAUGAAAAAUUCAUGUCAAGAAGAUGAUAAACAAGAAGUAGUGAGAAAAUUAUCUACUGCAACCAAGGCAGUUGAAGUUAUACCUUAUGAAAUACCUGAGGCUGUGGGUACAGCUGGUGUAGAAACUCGAGCAUUUGCUUUAGAGAGAAGUGCUUCAGAGACAGGUAGAGAGAUUCUGAAGGAGGCUGUCUUGGUCUCUCCAGAAACAAUUCUUCAGGGCACUCCACAAGAAUGUGAAAGUCAUGAUGCAACUGUUAAUAGUUCAGCCUUAUAUUUGGAAAAAAUGUCUGUUGCUUCUGAUUUGGAAGUGUUGGAAGUAACAGAGAGACCUGGCCAAUUUGAACCUUUGAUUGAACAGCCUUUAACAGAUGAAACCAUAAUGGCUUCUACUGAAGGACUUGAGUCAAUUGACAUGAAACUUCAAACAUACAACGCUGUUAAUGAAAGUGGUAGAAAAAUCUCAACAGCUUCAAUGGAAAUAGAGGAGUCAUAUUCUGAAGCAUUGUGUGAGAAACGAAUGUACUUACCUGAGAGAUAUGCAUGUACUGUUGAAGUUCCUGAACUUUAUAGCUGUGAAGAUGAUGUUAUAACUACAUCUGUCAAAGCAGUUGUAUCUGAUGGCAGUUCAAAAAUGGAAGAUCCUGAAACUAAGGAUGAAAGUUCUCGACAUUCAGUAGCAAUAUCUGAGGUAUCAGAAGAAGGUAUUCCCUUAGGCUGUGAGGCUGCCUUGAUUAAUCCGAAUCUUGUUACAGGGUUUGAAAUAAAAAGUUUGUCAGGUGAAGGCACUGAUUUUGAGGAUAUUUCUGUUGAUGAAAUAGCAUUUAUUACUGGUGUAAAAUCAGCAAUGCCAGCUGGGUACACUUUUAGAACAAAUACUGCUGAGGAUGAUACAAUGUCUGAAGCCCUUUCCUACUAUGACUUGGAUAACUCCUUUGCUGUUAAAGAUAGGUAUGGAGUAGCUGUUACUGUAAGUGGGACUCUAGAAGGGACAGAAGCACAACUUGAUGAAGGUGGAGAAGAAAAGCAAAUUCCUCUUGAAGAAGGGGGUAUAGAAGAAUUAGUUAUGGAGCCAUCUUUCAAUGCUCUUUUGAAAAGCUCUCGCCAUUCAUCUAGAGGAGCUAGCUUAGAUAAUUUAUUUGAUAGUGGAGCCCAUGAAGAAGGUGCCGGAAUAGAAAAGAUUUGCAAUGAAGAACCAGAGGUUGUCUCUGCCAACAGGAGUACUUUCCUGACAGAAGUUGAAACUUCAUCCCAUAAGCAUUUUGCAGAUGUUUCUAAAGUUGAAAAAUAUCAGUAUCAGUCUGUGACAUCUAUAAAUAGUUCUCAAGACACAACUCCCAGAACAACUAUUGAAAGUACUUCAGAUAUUAGAGAUACGAAAAAGUCAUCAGAGACUAUUGUGUCAGAUUCAGCUGCCGCAGGUGAAAUUGUAUCCCCUGGUGAGGAAGAAAUGCCAUUUGUUUCAACCAAAGAAGUAAGGAAGCCAGAUAUAAAACUUGAUAGACUAAAUUCCUUAUCUGAUAGUGUACCCAUUAAAAAAGAUAAGAGUAAAGAAGCUAAGGUAAUAAAGAAAGCAAAAAUAACAACAGUUGAUGAUAGCCCAAAGACAGAAAGCAAACUGCAAUAUACCCCAUUUGUCCCACCUGGAAUUAAGUAUGGACACACUGUAAAAGAUAUGGAUGAUGAUGUAAAUAAAGCUGAUAUUGCUCAAAAAGUCAUGGAGAAAGAAAUUAUUAUGAAGGAAUGCUACACACCACAUCAACCACCUGAAAGAACUGAAAGAAGUGAAGACAAGUCAAUUAGCUUAGUAAAUGUACCAGUCUGCCCUGAAGGUCUAAAAGUCAAAGAUCAGGUCACAGAAGACCAAUCAACAACUGAGCCUACUGUUUUAUCUGAUUUUCCAGAUAAGGAAGCAAAGGUUACAUCAGUGGUCACAACAGAACAUGAGAUUAAGGUAAUUGAACAGACCAGCGUACAAACACUAAGUAUAAGUAUAUCUAAUGGAGAAGACCACAAAACUAUAACUCAUACUUCAGAAGUCAAAAAUGAUAGGAGUACUGUUUCAGAAAAAGAGAAAGACAGCAUUCCAGCAGCUUCAGAGGCUAAAGAUUCAAGAACAAUGAAAGUUUCAGUGCCUGAAAUAGUGCAUCUUGCUUCAGUAAAAGAAAUUUCGAAAAAGGAAGAUAAACUAAAGCCAAAUGAAACAGUAAGUCCUGCAUCACAGAAGAAAACAGAUGUAAUGAUACAAUAUGUCCCCCAUGUUCCCCUAGAAACAGAAAAUAAAACAUCAGAGGUUGAAAAGCCUGCAGUAACAGAUUCAAAACCCAAAAUACAUUAUGUGCCUCAUGUAUCUCCAGAUUUAUUACAAGAAUCAUGCAAAGCAAAAGAAACAAAUUCUGGAAAAUCACCAAUAGUGACAGAGACUAAGAUAGGAACUACAAAGCCAGUUGAAGUGAAAGUAAAGAAAGACGUGAAACUACACUAUGUGCCAUAUGCACCAUCAGAUGUCCUGAAGAGUAUUCCAGAAGAAGAAAAGAAUAGUAAAGAAGUGUCUGUUAAAACAUCAAAAAUAGAGUCUCUUCCUCAUCAGACUAAUUUACAACAGCAAAAGAAUGGAGAAAAGAUUGAAAAGGAAUCCAAAACAGAUGCACAAAAGAAGAUUCAGUAUGUGCCUCAUGUACCAAUAAAAGCUGAAGCAGCCACUACCGUGCCAACUUCUCUUUCUAUGAAAGCACAAGAAAAGAAGACCACAAAGAGUAUUAUAAUAAGGGAAGAAGAACUGAACACAGUAAAAGAAACUGCAAUCACAUCUGAUGAUGAUGAAGAAGUAAGGAAAGUUGAACUACCAAAACCACCAAAGGCUAAGACUGAGAAAACUGAGCCCAUUAAAGUAAACUAUGUGCCUUGUGUUAUGGCUGAAACACAAGUAAAUGUUUUGGCAGCUGACAGGAAAACAAAGUCUGUUGUAGAAGCACAAGUUCAUGUACCAGCAGAAAAGCCAAAAAUCAGUGCCACAGUGCCAUCUAAAGAGACUAUUAAAGAUAAAGAAAAGUCUGAAAUUCAAUAUGUCCCUUAUGCAUCUAGUGAUGUACCUAAAGUAAGCUCUGGAGCUAGACCAAAAGAAAUUCACUAUGUACCCCAUGCACCUAGUGAUCUGGAAAGAUUCAAAAUACAGGAACCAAUUUCAAAAGCUCCAGUUAUUCCUUCUGUCAUCAUAACCUCUCCUUCCUCUUGUAAACUCGAUUCUGUGGUAACAAGUUCUUCAUCUAUCCCACAAAUUAUUAAACAUGAAGCUGGUGGGACUCCCAAACCUGCUGCAGUAAGUUUUAUGAAAGACAUUUCAAGACAAGAGACCCAAACUUCUUCUAGCACUGUUACAUCAGUGUCAAAAAUCAGCCAUGUGUACACAACCCAGAGUGCAGUUAAGGGUGGGAAGGAAACACAUAAGGCUGGUGACGAUGAGGUGGAUGCUUAUCUGCGAGAAGUUACCUUAUUGGCGGAUAAGAUCACAGAACUCAAGAGAAAAGCAGGCACAGUGCCAUCUUAUCGAGAAGCAAAAGACAAGUCUGAGGCACUUGAGCAGGAGGUAGCGUUGCUGGAACCUGAUGUAGCUACAGUCAUAUCCCGUGGUGACACUCUCACCCUCACAACUCACAUGGUGGAUGUGCCAAGAGCCAACACCAUUCGCACUGCUGUCCACGACUUACGUACACACUGGUCUUCCCUUAAGGGUGAAACAGAGACUGUUAAGCUAGAAACAGAAGAAGUAAUCACUAAAAUCAACAAUAUACAGUCUAAGUCGGAUGACAUUGUUGGUUGGAUGAAUGAUGUUUCUAAAAGGCUCCAUCUUGUGAACAAUGAUGAAAGUCAGCUUGAGGCUUUGGAAAAAGAAAUGGCAGACAAAAAGUCAGAAUUAGAUAAGCUUAAUGAAAGUGGUGAACUGCUGAAGAAGUAUGGCUAUGAACAAAUCCAGCCAUUAUUGGCAGUCAUCAACACCCGAUGGAUAGAACUGACCACUCAGUUUAGUCAAUACCGUAAAGUCAGCCUGGAGAAGAAAACAAUUGUUUCUUCAAAAGCCCAACAGGAAGUGGAACCAGUAGUAGUACCUGAUUUUAUUGCAAGCGUCAAUCGCUUGAGGGAAGCAAUAUCAGCAAUAUCCCGGCAGCUGAAUGCCAAUAAACUUGCUGGUCGGCAUUAUGACAACCUAAAACUUCAAGAAGAGGAACUUAAAACAAUAAAGCUAGGUUUGGAGACUCUGAAGCCAAGGGUUGAUAAUCUUGAAACAGAGCGUAAUAAUACCAUAAAGAAUGUCACUCAAACCCAGUCUGAGCAAAUACGACGAGUAAUGGACAAGCUGAGAGAGGAAUGGGCUCAGGUUAACAGAGGCUACACAGAAAGACAUGCUUUGUGGCUGCAGUGUUCUGAGACAUGGCGCACACUUCAGAAGACUAUCGAUGAUUUUUCUGUGUGGCUGAGUACCAUUGAGGAAAGAGUCCAAAUCACUGCCAACCAACCUCUACCAGAAGCUAAGAUUACCCAAAAGGAACUUGAAAAGCAAGUUACAUUAAAACACCGGCCAAGCCAGACUCUUCAGUCAACCAGCAAGGAAGUGACAGAGGACAUGAGUCUUGAUGAUGCUAAACGUCUGCAGGAACGUGUGGACACCCUUAUGAAGCGCUGGCGUGCUCUGUUACUGGAUCUUGCUGCUCGGAGAGAAAGAAUUGCUGGAGAGGAAGGUGGCAAAGACAGCACAAGCUCAGAAUAUGAAGCCUUGUUAGUAUGGGUUGACCAGGCCCAAGCACUUAUGGAUGCACCAGUAAAUGUCACUGAUGAAGCAACUCUCUCUGCACAUUCCACUAUGAUUCAGAAUCAUUUAGUGGAAAUGACUACAAAACAAAAUCUGCUAAAGAAACUGAAAGAUUCCAAGCCUAAAGCUGUUACACCAGCCCAGCUAUCAACUCUAGAAACUAAUCUGAAUAAGGUGGCAAAGACCUUACCAGAGUACAAGAACUUGAUAGAAACCAAAUUAGGUGUGACCAAGACUCUUGUUACUGAUGUUGAGGACCUGUACAAGUGGACAGAAGAAAUGAGGGUGAAAGUAGCCCUCCGCAACAUGACUGAUGAGGAGAUCAAACUUUCAAAGAUCACCCUCAGAGAAAAGGAAACACUGUAUGAGAAUCUGGAUUCGACAUAUUGGGUCUUGGCACAGGAUACUGAGGGCAAGGGGCUCACAGUGUCUGUUGCUCUUAAGAACCGCAUGAACACGAUUGAGUCCCGGCUGAAGGCGCUGCAGGGGCAGCUGUACGAGGGUUCCGCUUCUGCCAUGCCGCCUUCACCCACCUCCCCGACCUUCUCGCGCAUCACGCCUGAGAAGGCCGAUCAGGAGAAGGUGGUCGGGGAGAAGGAUGCCAAGGCGGCGUCCAAGGAGGGGGAGGUGCUGGAGAAGGCGGCGGCGGUGGCCGUCGCGGCAAGCAAAACGAUCCCCGAGGUAGUGACGACCACGUCGACGAAGACGACCACAACGAAGGGCAAGGUCGAGAAGACGGAGGCCUUGUCGGUGACUUCAGGCACAACCGUGACCUCAAGUGUGACUUCCGUCAUACAGAAUGUCAUCAAGUUUGAGGAGAGUGUGUUUGGCGCUGAGGGGACGUUGCGCCCGCCCUCCCCUCUCGUGUGCCCGCCGAAACACGCUCCUGACUCGUCCCCGGUGCUCAUCCUCGCCUCCCUGGACAAGAGCAUCCUUCAGAUUCGUGACUGGCUGACCCUUAUGGAGCAAAUGACUCGUCAGCAGACAGUGGUAGUCGGCGACGCUGACGACAUUCGGCAACUGACUGAGAAACAGAAGAACGUGCUGCGAGAGCUGGAGGGCAAGAAGCCACAGCUGGACGAGUUAGUGGCCUCAGCUGACAGCCUUAAGGAUGACGCCUCCCGCACGCAGCUGCACCAGAAGGUAUCGAAGCUUCGAGAACACUGGGAUGAGACGAACAGCGUCGUGCUGGCUCGAAAGACGCAGCUGGAUGCCAUGUACGCUGACACCCACAAGUUCGACGCCAAGCGCGCCGAGCUGGAGACAUGGCUCGCGAGGAUGGAAGCCCGCCUGGAAAGGAUGGCGCCAGUGGCCCACACCGCCGACGUCCUCGACCAGCAGAUUAGGGAGCAGAAGGGCUUCCACGCUGAGAUCCACCAGUACAAGCACCAAGUGGAGCUCUUCAACCAGAUGACUCAGCGACUCAUUGCCAUAUAUCAGCAUGAUGACACACGGCGGCUCAAGAAAAUCACUGAGACUAUUAACCUGCGCUAUAGUAGUCUCAACUCCAGCAUCAUAGCUCGCGGAAAAGCCCUCCACUCAGCUAUGAACUCGCUGCACAACUUUGACAAAGCUUUGGAUAAGUUCGCCUCAUGGAUGAGCGAGGCCGAAUCCAGCACGGACAUCCUGGAACUGGAAGUGGACAAACUGGGUCCAGGACGACGAGAUAUGCAGGCACGCGCGCCCGUCGCUCAUCUCAAGGAUCUGCAGAGCGAGAUCGAGUCGCACAAAGAUGUGCUGGCGAGCCUCAACGCGACGGGCCAGAAGCUCCUGGGGACGCUGGAGAACCAGGAUGAGGCGGUGAUGCUCCAGCGCCGCCUGGAGGAGAUGAACCAGCGAUGGAACACUCUCAAGCACAAGAGCAUCGCCAUCAGAAAUCGCCUGGAGGGCAAUGCUGAGAACUGGAACUCGCUCCUGCUGUCCCUCCGCGAACUGAUCGAAUGGGUGAUCAGGAAGGACACGGACCUGACCGCCCUGGGCCCGCUAGUGGGUGACCUAAACGCCCUUGCUAAAUUCUCCGACGACCUCGCAUCCUUUAGGAGAGUGAUCGACGAAAAGCAGCCUGUUAUUGAGUCGAACUUGAAGAGUGGGCGGCAGCUCAUCGCCUCGGAGCCUCCAUUGAGUGAUACCAGUGAUAGCGAAGCUGGUCGCGAGCUGGACGGCGACGCCCGAUACCGGGGCGACGAUAACGCUCGAGACCUGACCCGGGCCGUCCGCCGGGAGGUCGCCAAGCUCUCGGAGAAGUGGGCCGCACUCAGGGAGAGGGCCGCCGCCGCCAACGCCCAGGCCGACCUCGCAUGCAAGAAGCUAGGUGUGCUGCAGAAGACAGUGGAGGAGGUGAGCGGACGUCUGGAGGAAGCGCAGAAGACAGUAGACACCUGGGGCGCAGUUCCUCUAGAUCCUAACCUCGCUGACCAACACGUCCACAACGUCAGGAAAUUCCGUGAAGGAUUAGCAGAACUGCAACGUGGUGUCGAUGAUGUCAACGACCAAGCAGCCCGCUUCUCAGCCCACAAUGUGCCACUCACCCCUGCAAACUCUGCCAAACUGCACGACCUCAAUAAUAGAUGGAAGACAUUGGAGACAACAGUUAAUGACAGGUGGCGACAGGUGGCUGGCAGGUCAAGGGAGGUCACGCCACUUACUCCUGCCCAGCUGGCGUCAUCAGUGUCCCCACCUUGGGAGAGGGCAACCACUAGCAACAAAGUGCCUUAUUACAUCAACCAUGACCAGGAGAGCACCCACUGGGAUCAUCCUACCAUGAUGGACUUGCUAGAUUCCCUGACAGAGUUUAAUCAUAUCAAAUUCUCAGCUUACCGCACAGCAACAAAGCUGCGAAUGCUGCAGAAGACUCUAGCUUUGGAUCGUGCUAAAAUGCAAAUGGCAACAGAUGUAUUUGAUGAGCAUGGUUUAAGAGGCCAGAACGAUCGGCUGAUUGAUGUAGGUGACAUGGUGGUGGUGCUCUCGGCCUUGUAUGCCAAUAUAUCUGCGGACCAUCCAGAAGUCAACACCACUCUGGCCAUGGACUUGUGUCUCAACUGGUUACUCAAUGUUUACGAUAGCCAGAGGACAGGGCAAAUGCGAGUUCUCUCAUUCAAGAUAGGAAUUGUUUGCCUGUGCAGGGGACACCUAGAGGAAAAAUAUAGAUAUAUGUUCCGAUUGAUUGCUGAUCCUAACCGUUUAGUGGAUCAAAGGAAACUUGGGCUCCUCCUUCAUGACUGUGUGCAAGUUCCUCGGCAACUGGGAGAGGUUGCAGCCUUUGGUGGAUCAAACAUCGAGCCAUCUGUUCGUAGCUGCUUUACCAAGGCUGGCAAGGAUAGAGAAACAAUUGAGGCUGUACACUUCCUAACAUGGGUACAGCAAGAACCACAGUCCCUUGUGUGGUUAGCUGUUUUGCACCGUGUAGCUGCCUCUGAGAACAUUCAGCAUCAGGUGAAGUGCAACAUCUGUAAGGCUUACCCAAUUGUAGGCCUGCGCUACCGUUGCCUCAAGUGCCUCAGCUUUGACAUGUGUCAGAGGUGUUUCUUUGAUGGUCGCAGUGGGAAGAGCCACAAGAUCACUCACCCCAUGCAUGAGUACUGUACAGCUACAACCGCUGGUGAAGAUGUCAAGGACUUCACAAAAGCUUUGAAGAAUAAAUUCAAGUCAAAACGUGCUUUGCAAAAGCACACAAAGAAGGGAUACUUACCAGUGCAGACUGUACUAGAGGGAGAUCCUUUAGAAUCCCCAUCACCGUCCCCACAGCAUAACGUCACUAGCCAGGACAUGCACUCAAGACUUGAGCUCUAUGCUUCUCGCUUGGCUGAAGUGGAAUUGCGAACAAAUUCUAACUCUACUCCUGACAGAUCUCUUGUCUCCUCUCUUAGCGAGGACGAACAUGGGCUUAUUGCCCAGUACUGCCAGUCACUAAGUUCUUCGGAUGCUCCGCUGCCGGUACCACGCUCACCCCUGCAGAUCAUGGCAGCUGUUGAUGCUGAGCAGAAGGAUGAACUUGAACAAAUGAUCAGGGCCCUCGAGGAAGAAAACAGUCAGCUUCAGGCUGAGUAUGAUCGUUUGAAGUCACAACAGCCUGUAGGUUCCCCGCCUGAUGAUGGCCUCUCAGGACAGCGUUCUGAAGCAGACAUGUUGGCAGAGGCUAAGCUGCUCCGUCAACACAAGGGACGACUAGAAGCUCGAAUGGGUAUCCUGGAAGAACACAAUAGGCAACUAGAGGCACAGCUUCAUCGACUACGACAGUUGUUAGGCGAGCCUGGUGGAAUGAGCUCACCAAACAAGUCAGGAACUCUACAGACCAAGUCAGUCACUGCUAGUCAACUGGCCAUGGAUUCUCCUGCCAAAGUCAAUGGACAUUCUAACCAAGGGGGUGCCAGCAGUGCUUACGAAGGGUUAGACCAAAUGAGCGAAUAUGUACGACCGCCACCACCCCCAAUGGGCAGUGUUGCUCAUGUGGGCAACCUCUUCUCACGUGCAGGCGACCUGGGGAAAGCGGUUGGCACUCUGGUGGCCACAAUGACCCACGAGGGGGCGAGCGACUUGCCUAGCGAUGAGGAGGAAAGAUCUGAAGCCUCAGACACUGAAGAAGAGAAGGCUGUGUAACUCCUGCUGUGCAGCUCAACCCCCUCGCCUGUGGCAGGGUGUAGACAGCAGUAGCAGCAGCUAGCAGCUCUUAUCUUGGCAGCAGUGAAGAUGUUCAAUGCUCCACAUCCUGCAGUUGGAAAUUUUUACUUGGGCAAUUAGGAUAUUUGUAAUGUUAAUUGUUUGAGGCAGAUGACAUGCUAGGUUCUCUCACAUCAUCUCUCUUACAUCCAUAUCAGUUUUUAUACGACCUUGGUAGAUUAUUGUGUACAUCACCUCAAGGAUGAGAGGGAGACUAGCGGGUUUGCUGCUCAUUUUGCUUAUGCACAACUCAGAGGAUAAGUAAAAUUUUUCUGUUAAACUGGGUAUAUUUCAUGACUACAUAUGACCCAUUUUUAUGUUAAUAUUUACUAAAUAUAAUAUAUAACUAGCAGUGUAUGCCUGAAUCAAAAGACAGGAUUCGGUUUUGAAGUACGUGUUAGGCAAAUGAAAUGUAUAGAUAUGUAUUAUAUAAAGAAUAAAAAUUACCAAUUCUCAGCUUACAUAUAAAACAAGUAUAAGCGUUGUAGUCAUGUGUCAAUGGUGCAAAGAAGAAUACCCUCAAUGUGAUACCCCAGUUUUGAAGUUGAAGUGUCAUUAUUCUAUGCCAAUUUUGAUUUUAAUUUCUUUUUAGUUCUUAUUCUUAAACGUUUGUAUUGUAGUAAAGGGCUCUUGUUCAAAUUGAUUAGAGCAGUUCUUCAAAUUUUUAAAUCAGCCUUUAUUGCUGACUCAAGUGACCAUAUGUGUACAUAUCAUAAUUCAUAAAGUUAUAUCAAAGUCACAUAUUGCUAUAGAUAUAGUUUUUAUGAACCUGUUUUCCAGUUGUUAUGUCUCGCUUGUCAUUUAAUUACAUGGAUGCCUUAUUUCUUAUUUGUGGCUAUUAUGUAAGAAGGCAGUUAGCUAACUUUUGAGUACUCUCCUAACUUGCUGCAAUUUGAGUUGUACCUUUGGUUUGAAGUGGAAAAAUCAAGGUCAGGUUGUUUGCUCCUUAUUCUAUUCUUAAUAUUUGACCAUUGCUUAGAAUUAACUAAUAAAAAGUGGCUAUGAUGUUGAA